AUGGGCCUCAUCAGUCGCGUCCUGAAGGUUUCCGCUGCCGGUACCGCCGCGUCGAUUGGGGUGUUCUUCGGCGCAACACGCAAUGACAAGUUCGUGCCCAUGGACACCACCGAUUCGAUCUUCUCCUCGCCCUUCUUCAAAAAGUUCAACCCCGAGAAUAAUCCUUCCCUGCAUGAUCUGUGCGUUCGCCGUGUCCCACUAGAGAAGAUCAACCCAUCGUUGCUGGAGAAGAAGGGCAAGCUGGUGGAGGCCUUCUGCGCGGGUAUUUGGGGUGGAAUGGGCUACAUUCCUCAGCGCGCAAUCCUCGCAAACAAAUAUCAAGGCCCCGAAACAGCCCAUCAAUUAUGGGAGCGGAAGGAAUUGCUCUCCAACAGCUAUGAGGUGGGGACUCAAAUGACCGAUCACUUUGAGAUUGUGGACAAGACGGAUGAGAAGAUUCUUGUACGCUGCGGUGCCUCUCCACGGGAGCAGGGCGUACGCCCCUCCGACGGUCUGUUCGAGAUCGGUGCAGUGAUUGAUGAAGAAAAGGAGGAGGCUGAGUUCACCCUUAAGAGCUGCUUUUUCCAAGGGCUGGGUAAAGCGGAAUCUGCGCCUGCUGGACCCAUGAUGGUGUGGCUGCAUCAACAAUACACGAAGCUGUGGAUGGAGACGGCCAUUCUUAAGAACUGCAUCGAGUAA